GUCUACAACCAGAGAGGAAGAGAUAACUGUUAACCAUUUUUUUUCAGAAGAGAAAGAAGGAAACUAAAGAAAUCAAAACAAGAACGUUAACUCUCUCUGUUCUCAAUGAUUCGAGGAUCGCUUCUGGGAAUCAUCUGGAUGAUGUGUUGUGUCUGCACGUCAUUCCAACAAGAGACAACAACGUUCGUCUACAACGGCUUCGACCAAGGAGACCAUCGUAUCCACCUUCAGGGCGGUGCAAAAAUCAUUCCAAGAAACCACGUCCUGCAACUCACGAACGAAACGACGACGCAGAUAGGCCGUGCUUACUUCGAGCAGCCUAUCGAGUUCAAACCAUCCGAACCGGUCUCUUUCUCCACGCAUUUCGUGUGUGCCCUGGUCCGCGUAGGUGACGUCAGCGGCCACGGCAUGGCGUUUUUCCUGUCUCAUUCCACUGAUUUCCUAGGCGCUGAACCGACUCGAUUCUUUGGUCUUUUCAACGCGGAGGGAUCUGCCUCGACACGUGUGUUGGCUGUCGAGCUUGAUAUAUCUAAAGCUCCGGAUGUGCUGGACAUCAGCGACAAUCACGUCGGGAUCGAUGUGAACAGCGCGAAGUCGGUUAAAUCUGCUAACGCUUCUUAUUAUUCGGACAGAGAAGGUAGAGAGAUAGAUAUGCAGCUUUUGAGUGGAGAUCCUAUCCAGGUUUGGGUGGAUUACGAGGGAACAACACUCAACGUCUCAAUUGCUCCUCUUGAUAACCAGAAACCAAGCCGACCUCUUUUGUCGUCAACAUCCAUCAUCAAUCUUACCGAGAUUGUGCAAGGGAGAAGGAUGUUUGUGGGGUUUUCAGGUGCAACCGGGUCGAUCAUGGUCGACCAGUACGUACUCGGGUGGAGUUUUAGCAAAAGCAUGGCGUCGCUGCAGAAGAUUGACAUCUCGAAACUUCCCGAAGUUCCUCAUCCGAGGAAUAAAAACAAGUCUAAUUCAUCUCGUGUGCUCUAUGCUCUGCUUGGUUUAGUAGCUUUCUUAGUUUUGGUGCUUCUCUUUGGAGCUUAUAUGUAUAGGAGAAACUUGUACGCCGAAGUGAGAGAGGAAUGGGAAAAGGAGUACGGUCCACUCAGGUACUCCUACAAAUCUUUAUACAAAGCAACAAAAGGGUUUAGUAGAAGUGAGUUUCUUGGGAAAGGAGGUUUCGGUGAAGUCUACAAAGGGACGCUACCUCGGAGCAUAGAGCUGAGAGAAGUGGCUGUGAAGAAAGUAUCCCACGACGGCGAGCAAGGUAUGAAGCAGUUUGUGGCUGAGAUUGUUUGCAUGAGGAGUUUAAAACACAGGAGCUUGGUUCCACUUCUUGGUUAUUGCAGGAGGAAACAUGAGUUGUUACUUGUCUCUGAGUACAUGCCAAACGGUAGCCUUGAUCAUUGCUUGUUUAGUGAUGAUGAUAGAGCUACUCUCCCCUGGUGGAGAAGAUUUGCUAUUCUGAAAGACAUUGCGUCAGCUCUUAGUUACUUGCAUACAGAAGCUGACCAAGUUGUUAUACACAGAGAUAUCAAAGCUUCUAACGUUAUGCUGGACGCAGAGUUUAACGGAAGGUUGGGAGAUUUUGGUAUGUCCAGGUUAUACGACAGAGGGACUGAUCCAACCACAACGGCUGCAGUUGGAACUGUUGGUUACAUGGCGCCUGAGCUUACAACAAUGGGACCUUCCACUGGAACUGAUGUAUACGCUUUUGGUGUUUUCUUGCUUGAGAUAACUUGUGGGAGGAGACCUGUGGAGCCUGGCUUUUCGGCUGCGAAACGUUUUCUGAUCAAAUGGGUUGGUGAAUGCUGGAGAAGAUCUUCUUUGAUUGAUGCUGUUGAUCCAAGGCUGACGGAGUUCUCAUCCCAGGAAGUGGAGAGGGUUCUGAAAGUCGGUUUGCUGUGUGCAAACCUUGCUCCAGAGGCAAGACCGUCCAUGGAACAAGUGGUGCAGUACUUAAACGGGAAUCUAGCUUUGCCUGAGUUUUGGCCGUAUUCUCCUGGAAUUGGAGUGCUCACUCCAAGUGUGUUUUCACAGGCACAGCUCAUGCUCCCUUCACUGUCACUGUCUUCUUCCUCAUCCAACAACUCUAUGUUCGUUACUCAUUCACUCCUCUACGGGAGUGGACGAUGAUGAAAGUUUCUAACAACUUCUUGUUAUUUGAUUGUUUUCGUCCAUUUCCAUCAGAUUUUUUUUGUUUUCUCAUAUACUCACACAUGUUCUUGUUGACAUUCUCCACAAAGUUUGACUGGUAGAAAGAUUUUUUUUUUUUUUAAAAGACUAAUCUUUUGUGUAAAUUCUUGUAGCUACUUUACUAAAUACUUUGAUAAUCGGUU